UGUGCACAGAUACCUAUUUUUGUAUAAGAACAUGCAUUUUAUUUUAAAUUGCAGCUUCUCAAUUACCCUCAUCCCGCAUUAUUGAAAUGCUACGCCAACCAACAUCAAUAAAUGCAGGAAGUAUACGUAGGUGUCGGGAAUACAAAAAUACAGCGACAUUUGGAGAUGUGGGCGAUGAAGGAUACUAUGAGGACGUCGCCAAUUUUGACGCGCAUAGUUCUGAGCUGGAAAAUGCGAGAGCACAAGAGUUUUUUAACAAUUCAGUAUCAGCAUUUCUUGCUAUGCUAAGCAGCAUAAUUUUCUGGUGUAUCUAUUGGAUGGCAAAGGCACUGAUUGUGGCUGCGGGUAUUUUUGUUAUCUUUUCUUUCAUCUGUCCUCACAAGUGCAUUGGACUCUUCAAUUAUUUGAUGGACCAGCACCAAGUAGAGCAAAUAUUUAGAGAUGAAUUAUAAAAGGUUAAGACGAAAGGAACUACGCUUGUGUAUAAAUUACAUUUUGAAUGUGGUUAUAUGGAUUUUAAAUUUUUAAGAAAUAUAGAUCUAAGAAAGUAGCUAUUUAAAUGCUUAGUCCCUUUCAAAAAACACA